UCGCUUUUAAAUGUUUGUUCACAAUUGAUUGAGAGUUUUAGCUACCUUUAUGCCGACUUAGCUUGACGGUUAUACAGUUUACAUUGGAGAUCUAUGACCAGAACAGUACAUUUCGAAUUCGUUAAUCUAUAAAUUGAAUAUACAUAUGUAUUAACGGAUCAAUUAAUGUUCUAAUUACAGUAGUGGUUUGUACUGUUAAGGUACAUAAAGGUGCAGGGUACAGUGAGAUGCAGGGUAAAGUGGAAAUGUGAACGGUACGUAAAAUGGACAUUAGAAGAGAUGUCAAGUAUUCCAGUAUUAUUUGAAUUUGGAGAUUGGGUGAAGUAUAUAUCGAUAUUCAACAUCUAAACAUCAUUCAGAAUGCGCAUUUAUCACUUUAUCAAUGAUGUUGACGAGUGUGUACAAAAUCAAAACGGAACAUGUAAAAUCAACUUAUAAAUGUUGAUAUGGCUUUCUGGAGAACAACCCGGAGAACAACAGCAAGAUCCAACAACGAUUUCCAUCAUAUAUUAAUGUUAACUGGAUAUCGACACUGACAAGGAGAUACAAAUGACUUCCUACAUUAGGUCGACACCAAUCUCUGAGAGGGUAUACGACAAGGAUCUCAUGGAUUUCAGGCAACGAUCAGGACAUGUAGAUUCCGAUAGUGGCAUCGGAAACGGGUACACGUCGGCCAGAUAUAACAGCAUUUCAAAUCGCCCGAAAACGAGAUUUGAUGAUGAGCAUGAUGCGUCAGUAUCACAUGUGAGGUCAUCCUUCUCAGGAAGUCAUGGUUUCAAAGAAGACUUCAAGUAUGAACCACGACGGCCAAAAUCUCCCGGAGUAGCAUUAUACACUAGGGAUCUCGACGAUGACCAUGUAAGGUCAACGUCAAGUUACAGAAGCAGCAUAAAAUCACCAGUCCGUUUCAUUGACAAUGACCUUAAUGACCUAACGUCAAGGUCGAUAUCUCCCAUAGGAGUGCCACAGAGAGGAUCGUUUGGCAUUAGUCCGGGGACAUCUCAUAAAUCUUUAAGAGACAAUGACAGGUCAUUGCGAGAAGUACGUGAAAGCGAAUCUCUAUCUAGAAGUCUACAGGAAAGCGAGUGCAGACGUGAUAUGCUACUGCAAAAGUUAAGAGACGCUCACGAAGUUAUUGUUGAUCAAAAUAAAAAGUAUGAACAAUUUUGUGGGUCAGUAAAGAAGAGCAACUUUGAGUCAGAUGACUACAGACACAGGGAAAAUGAUUACAAAAGAAAAAUAGCACAGUUGGAGAGGGAACGAAACGAUCAAAAUAACUGGAGAACAGAUUUCUUCAAACAACGAGAUGAAAUGCAAGAACGAGUUGAUGGUCUUGACUUAGAGCUACGUACACUAAGAUCAGAACACAGUCUGCUGCAGGCGGAACAGGGUAAGAGACAAGCGGUCGUUGAACAGACUCGAGCAGCCAUCAAUCUUUUAGAGGAGGAGAACGGAAAACUAUCGAUGACAAAGGAGAGUAUGGGGAAAGAGAUAGUAGCGUUGAAGGAAUCUCUUGCUAUUGCUCGAGAUCGAGUUGGGACGACAGAAACUGAACUUAGAGAUAAUAAAACUGAACUUUAUCAGUUAAAAGAGACAUAUCUAAGUUUAAAGGCAAGGAAUGAUAACGAUGAAAACAAGUUGUCACUUCUCGAAGCAGCUAACAACAAUAUGAAGAUGGAGAUUAAGAAAGCUAAUGCUGAGCUUAGCGAUUUGUCUGAGGAAAGACAUCAGCUGUUAAGACAGAAUGGGGUUCUGCUGGAUAAACAGGCAGCCCUUCGUGCCCAAAUGGACACCAUGGGAGAGGACAAAGCUAGAAUAGUACGAGAAAAAAUGGACCUCCACGCUGCACUCCAGGAGACACAGCACGAAUAUGACAUUAUGCAUAAAAACAUGAUGUCGUUAGAAGAUCGUCUCCAAGCUAGCCUGUCAGACGAGGCUCAAACUAAACAUCAACUGGACAAAGCCUUGGAACACAAUAAGAAACUUCAAAAUGGAUUUGAUAGUGUCCAAAAAGUCAGUGAGACGUUAUCCCAGGAAUUGUCUUCUGCACAAAAUAAAUUUGUUGCAUCCGAGGAGAGAUUAAAUAUUUUGCAACAGAUGUCCACUGAGAAACAGAAUCGUCAACAACUGCAAAUCGACACAUUGGAAAAAGAUAUCACAACAUUAAAAGAGGUCAAAGAAAGAUUAACUCAAGACUUUUCCUCUGCUCAGAGUAAGUUAGUUGUAUCGGAGGAGAAGUUAAAUGAAUUGCAACGGAUGUCAAUGGAAAAACAAAAUCUUCAUCAGCUGCAGAUCGACACAUCGGAAAAAGAGAUAGCUUUAUUGAAAGAGAAACUGAAGGCUGCUAAUGAUGAGCUUAAAACUAAUGCAGACAUAUUGCAAGAGGAACUGAUGAACUGGAGAUCUAAAUGUGAGAAUCUCACAUUUACCCUAACAAGAAAAGAGGUCCAGUUGGACAACAUCACUAAAACACUUCAGGAAACAGAAGAAUUGAACAACAAUGCCAGGAUAAACCAACAAAUGUUUCAGCAACAAUGCGAGGAGCUUGAAGGAACAGCACGCGAGCUUGAACUGAUGCAGAGUAAAAACGAGAGGCUCAUGCAGGAGAAUGCCGAGAAUGCACAAAUGAUACACUGUCUUGAAAUGCAGAAAAAUAUCCUUGCCAAAAAUAAUGAAAUGACAACAAACAGGACACACGAUUUGGAACAAUUGCAAGCUGCCGUAGAUCAACUCGAAGCUGAGAAAUCACUUUUAGAGGACAAAUUGCGUGAAUUGGAGCGUGUAAAAGACUCACUGAUUGCAGAGAAGGAGGAAAUGCUUGCAAAAAGUGACAUGUUCUACGAACCAAGAGAGUCGGUGACAAUGAUAGAAUCUAAAUGUUUAGAGCUUGAGAGACAGAAUGUCCAGCUAAGAGACGUCAAUGAGAGGGUGACUGAAAAGUUGACCCAAUUAGAGCAGGAAAACAUAACUCUAUAUCGUGAUGCUUCCAAGAUAAAGGAUAUGAUUUCGAGAGAAGAAUUCACAGAACUUAAAGCUCAGAAUCAUAAUUUAAAAGAAGAUGUGCAACGCUUAAAGGAGGCCCUCAAUGAGGCUAACACACAACCCCAAAGAUUUAAUGUUGAUGUUAAUAAAACUGCUGGGGAUACAGAAAAUACAGAAAAUCCAAUGGUGAUAUCUCUCCAGAAAGAGAAGACCUCACUUCAAAGCCAAGUCACCCUUCUGGGGGGUCAGAACCUACUACUGGAUAAUGCCAAGAAAAGGGCAGAAGAACAUGUCAAGAAAUUAGAGUUUGAAAUCAAAGAAUUUAGAGACAACAACGACAACGGAUGUGGAUCUUCAAAACCUAAUGUACAAAUGGAAUGUUCCCAUAUUGAUCUCAAAGAAUCAGAAGCCAAGAAUCACAAGCUAGAGAAAGAUUUAUCUGGGGUAAAGCAAGAUCUAGCUCAAGCUCACGAUAUCCAUGAGAAACAGGAGUUGCUUAUCCAGACCCUAAAGGAAGAACUAGAGGAAUAUAAAGAAAGAGAUACGCGUACAGACACUGUUGCAUUCAGCAAUUCAAGAGAUGGACUUGAUGAAGUCAAACAGGAGCUGCAGCGUCUUCAAACUACUCUUGAAUACAAGGAUUCUCAAUUGGAGACUAAGAAUUCUGAAAUUGAAAUUCUAAUGGAAGAGAAUGAGAAAACCAAGUCCCUCACUGAUGAAUUAAAUGUGAGGUUAUUGGCAAUUACUAAGCACGAAGACCCAGUCGAGUUGGAACAUAAAUUGGAAUCUAUGACCAAUGAAUUACAUAUUGUCAGUGAUCGUCUCAAAGCUACGCAAGAGGACAAGGAGAAAUCACAAGAAAAAUUAGAUGAGACGGUGCAUGAAAAGGAAUCAUUGACAAGAAAAUAUGUUCAGAUUGAAAGACAGAAUAUGUCAUUUCAAGAGCACAUAGAAGAGCUAAAAGAAGAGCGAGAUAUGCUUGUGCGAAACGCUAAUAUUCUAAAAGAAGGAAUGGAGGAGAUGCAAAUUCUUCAUGAGAGAGAGCUCUCAGAGAUGGAAGACUCUAUGGACAGAGACAAGGAAGUUGUGCCUGGUAUAGAUGAUAUGAGACAAAGAAUAACGGAAUAUGAGACAGAAAUCAGACUUCUUAAACAAGAGUCAUCGAGGAACAUUGCCUUACAGGAGGAGAACGACAGGCUCAUUGUACAAAUUGCAUCUAUACCAUCCUACAAGAAACAACUAAGGGCCACUUUGUCUGAUGAUGAUGUCGAUGAAGAUAAAUCAUUCAGUUGGGAUAGUGAGGACAAUGAUUAUUUUUUACCUGAUGACAGUUCAGUAAGUGACAACAAAGACUCGGACAGCAAAGGAGGUGAAAAGGAAAAAACAGGUAAAGUGGCGAGUGAUUUAAGGAUAUAUGACACAACAAAAUGUUUGACAGGGACGCAGGAGGAUUCAUUUGAAGGUGUAACUAAAGGUGCAACUGAAGAAUAUAUGAGGUCGAGUUCGAGGGAAAGUACUCUAAAAUCACAAAGGGGUAUUAACUCAGAUAAUCUUGUAAAAUCUGUGAGAUUUGAUGAGCAAGAUAUCAUAAACGCUGAAAAAUCUGAGAAGCUAAAGGAAGCUAGAAAGGCAAAAAAGAAGAAUUCGGGUGCAAAAACAGGAUCUCAUAAAAGUAUAUCAGCUUCUCUGAAAGUCCAAGCGGAGUUGAAAGACAGAAUCGGAAAGGCUCUGAGUGAUAUUAAACCCAAUGAUAUUAAAGUGAAACCUGAUUCCUCACUAAAUUCAACGCAUGACAAUGUGGAGAAAUCGAUCUCACCAACGCCUAAAAGGAAGUCUUCUAUACCGACGUUAACGCGGUUACGAUCGCCUGACAAAGAAAUGACUGUAACUGGCACUGAAGACCAACCAGCCUCUUUUAAAAAAGAAAGGCGUCAUUCAGUAACGAUCAAUGACACAAAGGAGUCCAAGGGAAAUGAAAAACGACGGGGUUCAUUGUCGCCGAGAAGGUCAAGUUUCCAUGAAAAGACAAAAAUUCCAUCGCCCGUGCUUUCAAGGAGGGCAAGUGCUCCUGGGGACGCUGCGUUGUCAAGAAUGAACCAGUCUAAAACUAAUAUAACUUGAGUAAUUGAAAAUAUUUAUAAAUUAUAUUGUGUAUUGGUAUGAUAUACUAAUAAAGAAUAAAAAGUACAAGUGAAUU